GCGGAAUGGGACCGUAGAAGCAAUUCUCGCGAGAUGUAGAGUGCCUGUAGCCUCUCAAGAGGGGCGGAGGCCCAGAGGAGUACCACGUGGGGACUGCCGGAGCUGAAUCGCCGUCGGGCGUCCAGUUUGGGUCCAGGCUGGAAUUGGAACUGUGGAGAUGCGGAAGGAAACCCCGCCUUCCCUAGUGCCCGCGGCGGCCCGCGAGUGGAACCUUCCCCCUAAUGCGCCCGCCUGUAUGGAGCGGCAGUUGGAGGCUGCGCGAUACCGGUCGGAUGGGGCUCUCCUGCUGGGGGCCUCCAGCCUGAGUGGCCGCUGCUGGGCUGGCUCCCUCUGGCUUUUCAAAGACCCUUGUGCCGCCCCCAACGAAGGCUUCUGCUCGGCCGGAGUCCAGACGGAGGCCGGAGUGGCGGACCUCACUUGGGUAGGGGACAGAGGUAUCCUAGUGGCUUCUGAUUCAGGUGCUGUUGAAUUGUGGGAGCUGGAUGAGAAUGAGACACUCAUUGUCAGCAAGUUCUGCAAGUAUGAGCAUGAUGACAUAGUGUCUACGGUCAGUGUCCUGAACGGUGGAACACAAGCUGUCAGCGGCAGCAAAGACUUCUGCAUCAAGGUUUGGGACCUCGCCGAGCAGAUGGUACUGAAUUCAUACCGGGCUCACUCUGGGCAGGUCACCUGUGUUGCUGCCUCUCCCCAGCAGGACUCUGUGUUUCUUUCAUGCAGUGAGGACAGUAGAAUUUUACUCUGGGACACACGCUGCCCCAAGCCGGCAUCACAGAUGGGCUGCAGUGUGUCUGGCUACCUUCCUACCUCCCUGGCUUGGCACCCUCAGCAGAGUGAAGUCUUUGUCUUUGGAGAUGAGAAUGGGACCGUCUCCCUUGUGGAUACCAAGAGUGCACGCUGUGCCCUCAGCUCAGCUGUGCACUCCCAGUGUGUCACUGGGCUGGUGUUCUCCCCACACAGUGUCCCCCUCCUGGCCUCUGUCAGUGAAGACUGCUCGCUCGCUGUGCUGGACUCGGGCCUUUCCGAGGUGUUUAGAAGCCAAGCCCAUAGGGACUUUGUGAGAGAUGCUACUUGGUCCCCGCUCAACCACUCCCUCGUGACCACUGUGGGCUGGGACCAUCAGGUCCUCCACCACGUUGUGCCCACAGAACCUCUCCCAGCACCUCGUCCGAACAGUGUUGCUGAGUAGAUUGGAUCUAAGACAGAAAGCAAAUCCCCAUGAGCAGCCACUCCCUUUGCCCCUGCCCUGUCAGUUUGUGCAACAACACAGGAGCCUUCCGCAGUGUGUUGAUAACACCAGACCCGCAGUUACCGGGCACGUCUCUCCACUUGGGGUUGGCAGGAUUCUGGGAUCCUGUAGUCACAGGGAAGAAAACCGUUUCUGAAAAUGGAUCUGUAUGUAUGCCUGAGUGUGUGUAGAUACGUAGUUUUAGGAAGUGGGGGGAAUAAAAAAUCCGUCCCACAUCAUUCCCAAAUCCUCUUCUCCCUCCCCCACAAAGAGUUCACAACGGUUUUAUGCUUCCCGUGCAGCUGUGCACGAGGAAUUGGCCAUGUCUGGAUGACGUGUUGGUACGUGGGUGUUCCUGGAUCCUCGGAAGCAGCUCACAGACUCCUCAUAGAGACAGGAGUAACUUAAUGGUUUUUAUAGAGCUUUACUCACCUUUAUUAUGGGCAUUGCUUCCAUUCACAGAAAUCCAGCCCAGCUCACCUCGAGGAAGAGCCGGGACACGGUCACCACAGUCGUGCACAUCUUGCCAUUAAACUGAGUCAGAAACCCACUUUCGGGCUGAAAAUGAGUGUGGCUGGUGCCUGUGUGAUGCUCCCCCUGCCCCAGUGGAGUUGUGUAUAUAAGGGAUGAGUGUUUUUCUGUCAUAGACGCUAUAGAAAAGAGUUUGGGGGUGAUGGAGAGCUUAAAGGCAUUUCAGUUACAUGAAAAACUGACGGGAAGAGAAAUGUCUUCCACUUUUUCUACAUGAAAACUGCCUGGGGCCUUAUCUCCUACCUGCGGGCCCCUUUCUGUGGAUAUAGGAAGUCAGAAUGCUGUUUUGGUGGGCUCCGAAGAUUUUAAAUUGCAGCAUCAGAGAGAGAAUUGGAAACACUGGCUUGUGAAAUAAAAAGUUUAGGCUUUGUUGGUC